CCUGCUCUCUCGGCUCUGCCGCUGACAGGGCAUCCUUCUCGGGUCCGAGGGCAGGAGGGCAGGCAGGAGAGCGGGGGGGGGCUCUCCCCGGGGCAAGCGCCUCAGCGCAAGCGAAGGAGCAGAUCCCCGUCAGGGAACCAACCGGAGCAACUUUCCUUUUUCCCGCUCGCUCGGACUGGCCAGGCGCUGGAGUCCCCCGGAAAGCGCGUCGCGAGCCUCCCCAGAUGGAUUAUCCUCCUCUCUAUGUGAUGCUGUCCUGCUUGGUUCCUCUCCAGUGCUGGCUCGCCACGGGCAGGGGAGCGAGAGCCCAAGAGCACCUCCAGUCUGGAAAGCUAAGCGAAUAUGGUGUGAUUGUGCCCUUCAGUGCAGAUUCCAAGGGACAGUUCCUCUCACACGUGGUGUCUGGCUCAGUGGCAGCAAGGAAGAGGGAAGCUGCCUAUCCUUCUGCUGCUCCAUCUCGCUCGGCUCAACACAGGGUGAUUCGUAGUAUCCAUCACAACCAAGGCAUGCCAGGGAAUCGUUUGUACUACUUCAACGUUACUGUUUUUGGGAAGGAACUGCACCUCCGCCUGAAGCCCAACCGGCGGCUGGUCUCCCCUGGUGCAUUGGCGGAAUGGCAAGAAGACUUCCAAAAGGUCUAUCAGGAACCCCUCAAGCAGGAAUGCAUCUUCACCGGAGGGAUCUCAGGCAUGCCAGAAGCCUCAGUGGCCAUUAGCAAUUGUGAUGGACUGGCAGGUCUGAUUCGGACAGAUAGUGGUGAGUUUUUCAUUGAGCCCCUGGAGCGAGGGCAGUGGGAGAAAGAAAAGGACGGCAGAGCUCAUGUAGUCUACCGCAGGUCUGCCAUCAGGCAAGAGAGCGCAGAAGCUGUCAAGGACCACCAUAAUGAAGUUCUGGGAUUUAGCAUAGGCCAGCUCCAAAAUACUUUGAAUGUGAUUGAAGACAAUGUUGGUGAAGCAGAGCGGAAGAGGCGGCACGCCAAGAAAGACGACUACAAUAUAGAGGUUCUCCUAGCAGUAGAUGACUCUGUUGUACGGUUCCAUGGGAAGGAGCAUGUCCAGAAUUACGUCCUCACCCUCAUGAAUAUAGUAGAUGAAAUAUAUCAUGAUGAAUCACUGGGGGUUCACAUCAACAUUGUCCUGGUUAGAAUGAUUAUGGUGGGAUACAGACAGUCUAUCAGCUUAAUAGAGAGGGGAAAUCCAUCCCGGAGUUUGGAGCAGGUCUGUCGUUGGGCCCAUUCACAGCAGCGCUCAGAUCCUGAACAUUCCGAAUACCAUGAUCAUGCUGUGUUCCUCACCAGGCAAGAUUUUGGUCCCGCAGGUAUGCAAGGGUAUGCUCCUGUCACGGGCAUGUGCCACCCCCUGCGCAGUUGCACCCUCAACCAUGAAGAUGGAUUCUCCUCUGCCUUUGUGGUAGCCCAUGAGACUGGACAUGUGUUAGGUAUGGAACAUGAUGGCCAAGGCAACCGGUGUGCUGAUGAAACCAGCAUGGGGAGCAUUAUGGCACCACUGGUCCAAGCUGCAUUCCAUCGCUACCACUGGUCCCGAUGUAGCAAGCAAGAAUUGAACCGUUACAUACACUCUUACGAUUGCCUCUUAGAUGAUCCCUUUGAGCACAACUGGCCCAAACUGCCAGAGCUGCCAGGAAUCAAUUACUCCAUGGAUGAGCAAUGUCGAUUUGACUUUGGUGUGGGCUACAAAACAUGCACAGCUUUCAGGACUUUUGACCCUUGUAAGCAGCUGUGGUGUAGCCAUCCGGACAACCCUUAUUUUUGUAAAACAAAGAAAGGACCGCCGUUAGAUGGAACUGAGUGUGCUUCAGGCAAGUGGUGUUUCAAGGGUCACUGCAUCUGGAAGACUUCAGAACAACCUUACAGCCAGGAUGGCAGCUGGAGUUCCUGGUCCAAAUUUGGUUCCUGCUCCAGGACUUGUGGGGGUGGGGUGCGCUCCCGCAGCAGGAACUGCAACAACCCACCCCCAGCCUAUGGAGGGCGGCACUGCCCAGGCGCCACAUAUGAAUACCAGGUCUGCAAUACGGAAGAGUGUCGGGGUCCCUUUGAGGAUUUUCGUGCCCAACAGUGCUCCAAGCGAAACUCAUAUUAUACUCACCAAAACUCUAAACACACUUGGCUUCCCUAUGAACACCAAGAUGAUGCUCAGAAGUGUGAGCUGAUUUGCCAGUCUGAGGAAACUGGGGAUGUGGUAUUUAUGAAUCAGGUUGUUCAUGAUGGCACCAGAUGCAGCUAUAGAGACCUGUACAGUGUCUGUGUGAGAGGGGAGUGUGUGCAUGUUGGGUGUGACAAAGAAAUUGGCUCUUUGAAGCAGGAUGACAAGUGUGGUGUUUGUGGAGGUGAUAACUCCCAUUGCCGGACAGUGAAGGGAACUUUGGUCAAAUCCCCAAAACAGUCAGUGGGUGCUUUGAAAAUGUUUGAGAUUCCAGCUGGCGCCAGGCAUGUGCAGAUUGAAGAGAUGGAGCCUUCGCCCCAUACAAUUGCUGUUAAGAACCAAGCCUCUGGCAACUUCAUUUUUAACCCAAAGGGCAAAGAUGUCAAGGGAAACACCUUCCUGGCGAUGGGCUUGGAAUGGGAGUACACUGUUGAAAAUGGGAAGGAAAGCUUGAAAACCAGUGGGCCCCUGCAUGAAGCCAUCAGUGUUCUGGCCAUUCCACAAGAAGAGGAUUCCAAGAGCAGCUUGAUGUAUAAGUACAUCAUACAUGAAGAUCUUCUUCCGGUCAUUGGCAACAACAACGUCCUCCUUGAAGAAAUGGAUACUUAUGAAUGGGCUCUCAAGAGCUGGUCACAAUGUUCAAAAGCUUGUGGAGGAGGAAUACAGUACACCAAGUACGGUUGCCGGAGGAAGAGUGAUAACCGAAUGGUGCAUCGGAACUUCUGUGAUAAUGGGAAGAAACCCAAGCCAAUCCGCAGGAGGUGCAAUAUGCAGGAAUGCUCUCAGCCUCUCUGGGGAGCUGAGGAAUGGGGAGCCUGCAGCAAGUCCUGUGGUAAGCUGGGAUUCCAAAUCAGGGUGGUACAGUGCAUCCAGCACCUACACAAUGGCACAAACCGGACAGUGCACACAAAGUACUGCACUGGAGACAAGCCAGACAUUCGUCGGCCCUGCAGCCGUAUCCCAUGUCCUGCCCAGUGGAGGACAGGUGCCUGGUCCCAGUGCUCCGCCAGCUGCGGAGAAGGCAUCCAGCAGCGCCAGGUGGUCUGCAAGUCCAGUGACAACAGCAUUGGACAAUGUGAGGGCGACAAGCCAGAGACAAUCCAAGUCUGCAAAAUGGCAGCAUGCCCAGGAAAGCAACCAAGUGUCCCUGAGAAUGCUGAUACCAAUGAUCAAGUGACUCCUAAGGUACAAUGGGUACCCCAGGAGAGCGCCAAAAACCCUGUUAGCAAGAUAUCAUCAAAGGAGCCUUGCCUUGGAGACAAGUCCAUAUUCUGCCAGAUGGAAGUCCUGGCCCGCUACUGCUCCAUCCCUGGCUACAAUAAACUUUGCUGUGAAUCCUGUAGCAAGAAGGUCACCACCGGUCAGCCUCUCAGCAAUGACCAAGCGGCUUCUGAGACGGGAACCCAUGGGGUGGCUGUCCUUCCCAGCCCCUUUCCCCAACUGUCUUUCCAUCCCACCGCCAUGAGCCGGCUGCAAAGGAGAAAGGGCACCGCUGCCAAAGAGAAAGAGGCGGCCCAUGGCCUGCUCUCCACCCUUGCUGGCUCAACAGCUAUUGAAACCUGUCAGGACAAGGCCACUUCCCAGUCUCAGGGCAGUCUUGGUAACGGCACUUCACAAUCCGGUGCGCCAAGACAACUACCUCCUCUUCGACAAGCUAUAGCAAACUGGGACGCCGGGAAACUCAAGAGCAGUCCAUGGCUCCCUGCUGCCUUGGACAAGCCUCUGGGUGCAUUGCCAAAGGAAGGCAAGUCUCCUCUUCUUUCUCAAGGUGUCACGGGACAGAGAAAGCACAGCGUGGAGCCCAGACAGUCAGCCACCAAUCUCAGGACCUCCUCCCCUGUUGUGACAUGAGUGGUGGGGGGCGUGGGGCGGGAGCGGCUUCUUUCCCCCACAGAAACUUCUGUUUUCUCUCUCUCUCUCUCUCUCUCUUUUUCUCUCCUCAGUUUACGUGAGGAGCCACAUUUCUAAACCCCCUUUCCAAAAUGGAAGGACUGCCUAUUUCAAAUGCAACCACAUUCAUUUAGCAGCAGUAACAGCAGUGACUUUGUUGUUGUUCUGUUAAAAAAAAAAGUAAAAGAAGCAAAUGCGUAGAAGACUUGCAGCCCCACCACCAUGAAGUCGCAAACCCAGCUGCCAAGAGCCUGUUGGACAUACCGUGCGUGUGUAUCCCACAUUAGAUUAUCUCAGAGUGUGGUUUGAAUCAGCAAGGCUUUUUUCUUCCUCCUCCAAGGUGCUAACAAGAGGUGUUUUUUUGAGCCAUGACAGCAAACAAAGCGCAGCAACUUCCCCUAACCCCAGGGCCUUGUCAACCCCUCCUGCAACCAUUGUUCAUGGAUCUCUGCUGCAAUUCGGAAUAUGGUCGAUUCAGAAAUGGUGCCGCCUGCUGCAUAAGGCUGGUUCUCAGCUCUAGUAGAUAGUGAACCUGGCAUCAGGCCACCAAGGACGAACAAAAGAGAGAGAUGAGGAGACUUAGUUUAGAAAACAGAAAGGGGGUGUGUGGUUUGGAGAACGAAUGGCCUCCUGAACCAGUUGCACAGCAGCUGUGCAUUGCUAACCUGGUGAGCUGAGACUCUUGGGAAAAGGUUGUUUUAAUUCCAUGAGAGGUGACUCUGAGUGUGUCUUGGAGUGUGCAGGAGCAAUGGACAUUUCUCGGUUUGAAACCAGUUGUUCUCAUGUUGUGGCACAAGGUCUCCAGAUAGCAUGGCAGCAACACGUGUCUGCCGUAGAUGACUAUAAAAACGUAAGGACUACUACAACACAGGAAAGUUAUCUUUUCUGGAGUAUAUCUCUCCGAAUCCACCACUUACCACUGAAGGGCAGGUUAGGAGAGUUCUUGAAAUUAUAAUCCAAAAUAAUGUACUUUUUCCCCAGGACUGAAGCUGUGUCUUUGGAUUAGAUCAAGGGUCAUGAGUUCCAUCCCUUUGUCUGCAACAGUGGCCAGCUACAAGCCCCUAAGCAAGGCACAAAGGUUUCAGCUAUUUGUUUGUUCUUAACAUCUGGUUCUCAUAAGGUUGGCCUUAUCAUUAGGCAGGACGAGAUGGCCACCACAGGCCACAUAUUUUGGAUGUCAUCAAAAGAGAGCAAAAUGGUUAUGUCACCUUUCUUGUAUCUCCACUGACGGGGAUGGGAGAGAUGCUUGUGGGUUUCUUAGGCUCCUGUAUCAAAACUAAGGUGGCCGGUUUGGGGUACCAUGUGCCUUGACAUGGAUCUGCCAUUUCCUGCUCUAUCUCAGGCAGCAUAAUGUUUUUCAUCACCACCAACCCUAGUAGUCAGCAGUAAGCUGCACCUGAAAAGAGAGGACUUGUAGAACAAACCAAGGGAACCAAGGAUGUUGGCAUGUUUCGAAAACCUUGGUGCUUUAAAUAAGGACAUUGCUCCAAGGGUCUUGCAGAGAGCCUUUUCUGUUUACAUACAUCCAUAAAUACAUACAUAGAUAUGCCUACCUACCUAUCUAGGGACAUACUUUGUCUCUCAAAGUAUACUUCGUCAUUGCAAAGGGGAUUUUGGCCCAAGAUGGAAAAUGAUACUUAGAGACCUCUUUUUAAAAAAAUAAUACCCAAGUAAAUCAAUGCCUACCACAGCAAUUCUGGAUAAGUUAGAUAACUAGAUAUAGGUGCCUUCUAAAAGUAGCUCAGGGGUUUCCUUCAGUUAGUAACUGAGCUGAACUCAGUGGCUUUGAAGAUGUCUAAUGAGACAAGCUGCCUUUGCUGAUAAGGAAAGAUGGAUAAAAGCCAGAUGAGCCAACAGUUGCUGUCAUGUGGUGAUCAAGUAUAUGCAAGCCACCAGGUUGAUCUAAUGUUACAACCUUUCUUUGGCCUUCCUCUGCCCCAAUACCCUGCUUCACUCCACACAGCCAUUCAAGGGUUUCCCCCUCCACCAGGAAUGUUGGUUGAUUGAUGUUUGAUGAUAAUCCCCUUUUAUUUUAACACACACACCCCAAUUUAAGCAUGUUUACAUUAUACAGAAACUGAAUGGCAUUUUCUGUCCUUUCUUGGAACUUUUUAAAUGCCACAAGGAUAGUCUCAGGGAUCAGGACAGCUCUCUGUAGGGCCCAGUUAUCUGCAUUAUUCCUCACUUGCAACUCACUCAUGCUUCCCCCACCCUGGCUUUUUUUUUCUCCCUGGGAGAUGUUUUCUGUAUGAAUUCUAAAGUCCUAACUUGCUGAUUUGGAAAGAUACGAAAGAACCUAAAGUUAUGGGAAUGGUGUCUGUGCUUCUCUUUUUCUAAGAACGCACAGGG